AUGGUACUGUCGAUGACUUCAUACUACCACUACUGGGACGGAUCUGCUGCAGAAGGUCACCACAGUACCACCGCUACUCCUUCAUCCAAGCCAUUAAACCCUAAAUCGUGUUCGACAGGUGAAUGUCAAAUCAGGGCUUCCUGCCACCACCAGUACUUAAAGAAUUAUUCCUCAAUUCUGACUGUUCAUCCAGAGAUAAUAGAAGGAAGAUCAGGAACAUUAGUGAUUGAGUCAUUCGUGGUGGAUAUUCCUGAUGGAAACACAAAGGAUGACACGUGUUACUUUGUGUAG